GCAUGCGUGACAAAUUCAGAGACUUCGCGCGGUUUGCACUGAACAAACAACAACGGCAACAACUGUCAAACUACUGAUAUUACAUCAAGAUUUGACAUCUGAUUUCACAAUUGUGAAGUUACCUCAACGUGUGGACUUGGAUGGGCUGGCAAACCAUUACCUCAACGCUGUUCUUCGUACUUGUGGACAAAGUUAGUGCAUGUCCAAUCAGCGGUAAGGUUGGCAGGAUCAUUUCUGCACUUUCACUCAGUGGUUCUGAAGACGGCAGAGGAUAAGUGGCAGUAAAGCUGUUCCCCUGGAGGAAGUAUGGCACCGGGCCAGAGCGCACAGCUGGAGAAGGUCAUCGAGGAGGUGUUAAAGAGCGGGGAUGUCCAAGCUCUGGAUGUCUUCUUGCAAAGAGAUGCGAAUGAAGGGACCUCCUUAAAAUGUUCCGGGCAGUUUCUCAACAAGUUAGAUAAACUUGUAAGCAGGAGUUUGGAUCAAAAAAACUCAAAAGCAGCCAGCUCAUGUUUUGGUGUGCUCUGCAAGUGUGUGAAAAACCUAAAACUACCUGGUGGUUGUCAGGGGCUGUCGGGACUUAUUGCUCAAGGCCUGAUAAAAAAGAUGGUGCAGUGGUUUGAGAAAUGCAAGCAACUGUGGAUCCAGUGUGGACCUCAAUGGAACGAGACCUUGUUUAACCUUUCGGAGGACUUCUUUGAUGCCUUAAGGGUGGUCCAUGAAGUAGGCAAAGAUGGAACAUACCAAAUCACAGAGUCCUUCCUGUAUCCUGUUGGUCAGCUGGCUGUAGACCCCAGAAUCUACAUCCUGAUCCAAAAGGAGGCAAUUCGUAAGUUCAACCUCAUUUUGGACAAAAUCCCUGCGGAGAUGAAGAAACAGAGGAAGAUCCUUCCAUCCCAGGAAGCCUCAGAUGUCCUGGUCAAGAUUGCUGGUCAGAUAUUGGAGGGUGGAGAUUACGACUACCAGACAGCCCUGAUGGAAGCAUUGUGCCGAAUGGCCUCUCCUGAGCAGAGGAAGGAACUGUCAGAUCGAUGGUUCAGCAUGGAGCAUGUGGCCAGGGCCUUUAUCAAGAUCAGUGAUUCAGAAUUUGAGAUGGAUUGUCGCAAGUUUCUGAACUUGGUGAACGGGAUGCAUGGAGACAAGAGAAGAGUGUUUUCCUACCCUUGUUUGGAGGCUUAUCUGGACAAGUACGAGCUCCUGAUGCCCUCAGACGACAAACUGGAGGAAUUCUGGAUCGACUUCAACCUGAGCAGCCACAGCAUCUCCUUCUAUUUCUCUCUGGCUGAUGAAGAUGCACAGGAGGGCCAGUGGGAAACAAUAUGCAUCAAUGAGAAUGAAGUCCAAAGUUACACCCUGAAAGAGGAAGGCAAGAGAAAAGUUUUGCAGUUGAAGCUGUCAGAAGUGGUGGUUGUGGGUGCAGUGGAAGGAUCAAGUCUUGCCAUUCAGUUCAGCUCCUCCCUGGACAUCCUACAGGCUGCUCAGAGUGUCUUCGGACACAGCAAAAACUAUAGUUUUGUGAAGAAGACAGGCACAUCUGUAGGGAAGACUACAGUUAAAAUCAUAAUGGAAGAUAACAGCUCUCAGGUGGUUCCAGAGAGUCAGGUGUCCCUUGGUGAAAGUGGGAAAAACACUAUUCCAUACCUUCUACCUACCCCGUCUGCAGCUGUACACAUUUUGACCCCGGCCAGGAUGAGGAUUUCAGAGUCUUCCACCUUCAUUAGUGGCUGCUCAGGAGGAAAUGUUCGAGGUGCCAGCUCACUUUCUGCUGUUAUGCCAUCAAACACUCCAGUCAGAGGUAAAGGGAAGCCAUCUCUGGAGAUGGUUCAUACAAGUGGAAGGCAGGGUGAUUUGAAGCUGGGGGAGCUCAGGACGAGUGCAAAGACUGGCGGUCAUGGCACAACACCCAACAGCUUACUAGCAGGUGGCAUGAAAGAGCAGAACAUGGAUACCAAAGCAGCAGACAUGGUUGUGGCUGGACAGGCAGAAGAACACUCUCUUAAGCAAGCUUUUGUUCCUGAUACCCAACACAUAACUGGGAGUAAAAUAUCUUCUCACUGGAAAAAACUGUCAGUUUCUGAAAUACUGAUUAUGCCAACACAGAAAAUCAAUUAUCUGCCAAGAGCUGAGCCUUCAAGUUCUGAACAUCAGAAGGAGCGUCUCUCCUCAGCACAGAGAAUGUCAGAUCCGGUUCACAGCCUAAUCAACCAAAAGAAACUCCACAGCGAACUCACCCAGCGCCUGCAGCAGGUCCUCAAUGAGAGGAACCAAGACCAAGCACAUCAGGAGUCAGCUGCACCACAAAGAAAAGUGUCAGAUACCAGAGAAGACCUUAAAGGAAGGAGCUCUGUCGACCAAAGUGCUUCCAAAGAGCAGAGUGUCAAGAGGAUUGGCGCAGCUGAACAAAAGAAGAAACGGCAGAAGUCUCUGGAGAAAGAUGCUGCUGCAGUCAAAGCUCCAGCUAAGGCCUCAACAAGCAAAGUACUUCAGGAGAAAAUACCACUCAGUGUUCAGGCUGAAACUAACAAGGCCCUUUCAAAGAAAGAGAGGAGAGACGCUGCAGUCGCAGGCAGCAUGGUGAAAUUCAUCUCAAGUCAUUAUGAGAAUAAGACCGUCCAACAUAAGUCCAAAGCAAAAGACUCUGCAGGAGCUGUCCCUCAGAGCUCUAUUCCUCCUCAUUUCCUCAACAGGCCGGUCUUUAGUAGGGGCUGGUUGUCAACUGCUACAAGAAAAGAAACUGGAGCUUUCACAAAAUCCUUCAGCAAAACCCCAAAAAGCAUCACAGAGCAGAGAGAAGACAUAUAUGCAUUCAGCACUGAUGAACCAUUGAAUAUUGGGGGAAAGGACAAAACCUUCAUUAGCACUUCUGCCAUAUCGAGCAGCAUCAAUGACUCCUCAACACUCUGCAGGACAACAAACAAAGAACAGCAAGUGGCAAAAGAGAAGCGGCAUGUCAAGAAGCAUCUGUUUAGUGACACGGACACAGACUACAUGACGGAGGUUAGCUGGCUGAGGGAGUCGAACAGGAAACCCAAGCCCCAAGUUAUGAAAUACCCUAGGCAGGCAAACGUGAAGCCUAAAGCUAUGUCUCCCCAUGCUUCAUAUGAAUCCCCAAAUUCACCAUCACCAGUGCAGAAACCUGUAAAAGACAAUGCAAACCCCACUAAGAAGAAGCCUGCCAUAAAGGAGAGAGUGGAGCAGCCAAAGAAGACACUGAAGCCGGCAGCAGCGCCCAGAAGACCACAAGCAGCGGUCAGGAGGCCCAAGAGAGCUGCAGCCACAUCUGCCAAGAGUUACAGGGUGCCUGACACUGAUGACAGCUAUUUUGAGUCAGAGGAGCCUCCUGCUGCAAAGGCAAAAGACUUCCCUCAGAGGAAGUCAGCAGGGUGGGGAAAUAAAGCUUGCCCAGAGGUGCCAGUGAUGAAGAAGAGGAGAGAAACUUCUGAGAAAUUAAUGGCCACUUCCAAGAGGCCAGAAGGCAACAAGCAGUCACAUCGGCAAAAGCUCUCUGGGUUAAAGCAGCAGAGGCCUGAAAUGGUUCUUUCGGAAACUUCCAAGUUAAAUAAGAAAACUGUUGCCCUUGUUGAAGAACAGAUGAGCCUAUUGAAGGAUUCCUGGGCAGCCUGCCAGACCUCUUUUUGUCUGUCCCCUCCUUUUCCAGAGGGAAUGAGAUCUGCCGAGAGGUCAGCCCCAACCUUGGGUUUGACCUGCUCCCCUCUCCUCACCCCGCGGGGAUCCCCACUCCCUGCCUCCCCUGACCCUCCCUGCCUGGACACCCCCUCUCCAAUCCUGCUGUUACCCAAACCUUGCUCUACAGUCAGCAGUAAAGGGAACCUCAAGCCCUCCUCUAUCUACCGUUUAGAGAAGAAGCCCUCAUCCAAGACUGCAUCCAUUCGGUCCAUCGGCUCUGUCCCUUUACUGACCCCCCGAGGUCAAACCCCAGCACUUGGUUAUCCUAUUGGACCAAAGGGAAAUGAGAUAUGGCGGAUCAAGCAGCAGCAUCCUCCAUCACUGCCUCAGAGUCCUCUGCUUCCUUCUCCUCAGCCCCUGUUGACCUCCACACUCUUGGAGCAGGACAAACCAGCCAUGCCCUCUCCGUCUCAGUCUCCAUUCCCUGAAGACACUGCCAACCACGGCUGUCAUUUUAGUUUAAGUAAAGUGUCUUCAGUAUCACUGAGCCAGUCAUCCACCAAGUCAUCCACCAAGUCAUCCACCAAGUCAUCAGUAUACAUUAGAAGAAUUCAGAGCAGCCCAACUUCUGCCUUUGCUGUGUCUUAUAAGAAAGAGAAAACUCCAUCUUCAGAGAGGGCGCUACAGUCUGCAGAGCUUCAUGUCUCAGGACCCAGUCGAAAGCGGCACAUCUCUUUUUCAAGUAAUUCCGAUGAGGAGGAGGAGGAGGAGGAGGAGGAGGAGGAGGAGGAGGAGGAAGAGCCCAUUAAAAGCAAGAGGAGAGGGCAGCUUUCUCCCCGGAUGAAACCAAGGAAGUUAUUCAAGUCCUAUACUGAGAUUUCUGUUGAGAGUGAGGUGAGCCAAGUGAUGACUCCUUCCCACACGAUGAGCUCCAGUCACGGGGAUGCAGAGACAGUAGAUGGAGACGUGGACUUGGAGGAGGAUUUGGAGUUGCCGAAAACAUCUGAUAACCCGAGUAACCUGUGCCAGCAAUUCAGCACCAAGCUAAAGAAGAAGUUUGAGACCCGACAAAAUAUGGUUGAGGUGUACAACAGGCAGUCUUUGAAGACCGUCCAGCAACAUAUCUCAUCCCUCAACACACAAGUGACCAAAUCCAGGACUGAGAGGCUCGAACAAGUUCGGACUGCCCUCGUGAAAGAGAUCCACAGCUUGGAGCAAGAAGAAACUCUGCUGAAAACUAUGGAGAAAGACCUGACUAUAUACUGGAAAAAGCAGAUCACUUCGUUCUGUUCUUUCCAUGAGCGGGACACCCGGAGGAACGAGACCCUAGCACAAGCCCUUCAGACAAACGUGCGUCCCAGCUUGGAGUAUGAGGAGAGAAUAUUCACAACCCAGAUGUGCCUGAUUAGAAAAGACAUGAAGUCAGUUCAGGACAGACUCCUCAGUCAGAUGGUGAGCAGACAUGACACAGCAAGAGGGCGAGAUCCAGAGUGUGAAGAGAGGCCUGCAUGCUUUGUUUUUCCCCUAAUGGAGCCAGGUUUGAGAUCUGGUCUCUACACUAGAAACAAGGGUGUGUAUUUUACAAAAUAUUACACACACUGCUGUGUACUUCCUCUGUGCUCAUUUCAUUUUAAUGUGUUUGCCUGAAGUAUUUGUUUUUCCAGGCUCUGUUUUGAUGGAGUUUGGAUGUUUGACUUAUUCUGACCUCGAUGUGUUAAUGCUUUAUGUUUUUAGAAAUGUUGUUUAAUAAACAAAAUGGAUAAAUUCUGUCAUUUAGAGAAAACAUGCUAUUCCCUGUCUGUAACUUGAUUGGCUCUGGUAUUUUUAAUGGAAAUGUUUGAUUAGUUCUAGGUUAAUGUAGGUGUUAAUGGAAGUUAGAUUAGUUAUGAUAAAUGGAUAACUUCAUAUGACAAAUGUUAAAUCUCUUUGUUUUCAACACGUAUUGAAACUGAUUCUUCAUUGAAAUAAAAAAUUGAGACAAGCA